AUGAGUGCUCUAAUUUUGACUUAUAGAGUACACGACUACAUCAAGCAUGGAUUUGAUGUUAAAUACUUGCGUGAUCCGGAUGGCGGCGUCAAUUUGUUACGGAAAAAAGCUCAACUUGGCGUACUUGAGAAUCAAGAGCCUGAAGUAAAGGAUUCAUUCCCAAAAGAAGGAUUCCAACCAGAUAUAAAGGCACUACCAAAAAUAUCAUUUGGAACUGUGUGGAGAUUUAUGAUCGAAGGUGUAGAAUGUAAAAAGCAGCUCUCCACUGCUAAGCCACUUGUUAAAGGAUUCAACUUUUUUAAAUCUGGUCAUGUCCUGUACAUAGGCCACCUACAACAAAAUGGCAAGCACUACAUCAAAAGCCAAGUCCUCCCAUCUAUGAAA